AUGACUGAAUUGUUUCCUCCUUUCUUCUUUGUGUUGGCAAACUUGGAAAGGAUGUCUGCCCGUACGUGUGUUCGUGGUGGAUGUGCUUUACUUCCACAGGAGAAUAGUGAAACUCAAGGGAGAAACCUGGUAAAAAUCAUAACGGAGAAAACUCAGUUUGAGUUAAAGUUUCCUACUAUGGAUACUAGUAGUAGUGAGAGAACGGUUAUAGAGAUCUUUGAUUAUCAUUUGACUCAUGAUAAGCACAUUAAGAGAUUGCUAAUUCUCUUCUUUUUUUCCAGCUCAGUCUGGCCGUUGUCGGCCUUAGGAAUUGAACCGAAGUUUGCAAUUCCCAAGUCUGCCAAAAUGGAUGAAGUGGUUAUUGCAAAUGGAUUUGUUGGAAGUGUUCUCUCAGACUACUUCUGGGCACUCUGUGUUGUAUGGACAACUCCCCUCGUGGCCACUUUGGGCAUGUCACUCACUAUUCCUCUUGCUAUGUUGGCUGAUACGGUAAUCCAAGGCCGGCAUUAUUCAACAUUAUACAUUCUUGGCUCAGCUCAGGUGUUUGCAGGUUUUGUGAUAGCUAAUCUUUCAGAUUGGAUGACAAAGAGGUUGGGAUUAUAG